ACGGGGCAGGGGCGGGCAGUGAGAACUGAACAGCUGAUUUUGGUCACAUAAACCUGCAGGGAAAUUGACUUGGCUAGAAGUUGUAUAGAUAGGUUCAAUUAGUUAUAUGUUGUAACGUUUUUAUGUUAUAGAGCGUGAGAAGAUCUCCAAGAUUUCUGUUGGUGAAAACUCAGAAGCGAGUAAAAGCUGUGAAUCUUUGUAUCCCCUCAGGCAAAACAUUGCUACGGGGACAUGAGGAGUGAACAUUUGUCAUCAGUGGCGCAUCUAGUAGGAUUUUGUUCAGUUUUUUUGCAAGUAUGUAAAUAACGGAGGCAAUCUAGUUUACCGUGCGGGUAUCUGUCACCGAUCACCUGUGCUGAUUAUCAAAAUCUGACAGUGUGACGUCGUGUGCGGUAACUUCUUGACAUAUAGUUGCUAGUGGGUUCUGUGACCCGUGCAACUGCGACUAACACUACAAAAACGUUUUAUUUACCGGCAUUUGUGGCAUACAGUACAAUUGUAGUGCUUAUGGUAUCACGUGAUUGACAUUAUUUUAUUUCCUGUCAUACUGAUGUGCUUUCAGUUCAUUGCCCUUUGUUGAUAAAGAUUACAGGAAAAUAAGGUCUGGCAGUGUCUGGUAUCCACAUGACGUGAUGCUGUUUGCUUACAUUUGCUGUGAUUGGCUGUGAUCAGCAAAGUGGGGCUUUGCUUCUGGGCCCAAGUGUUCCAUCCUGAGUCCGGUGUUUGAUGCAGAAGCUUUUUACCUAACUGUGUUGGAGUGUCUCUGGGCGGGGCAGGCGACCCUUCCAAGCUGGAGAACAACUGCAAGGCACCGGAGGUAGGCUACCACCAGCCCGGAGGUGGCUCAGGUACGGGAGCAGCUGCCUCGGCCGGUGGCGGUUCCCUUACUCCGCUGACACCGAAUAAGAAAAUGAAGAAACGCAAGGAGCUAAAUGCCUUGAUUGGUCUCACGGGGGACGGUAGGAGGAAGAAACCAAAAAAGGGAUCAGGACACCGUCUUUUAAGAACUGAGCCACCCGCGUCAGAUUCUGAGUCUAGUUCAGACGAAGAGGACGAGUUUAUCCAUUCAGGAAUGCAUGGCUUGUUUGGAAAGGGAGGCUACCUCAGGUGCUGUAAGAUCUUUUACCCUUUAUGUGCUUUUGUUGUUUUGGCUGCCUGUGUAGCAGCUUGUGUUGGUCUGGUUUGGAUGCAAGUUGCUCUUAAAGAAGAUUUGGAUGCAUUAAAGGAAAAGCUUCGCACAAUGGAAUCAAACCAGCAGAGCUCAUCCCAUGAAAUUCACAAGCUAAAUGAAGAUCUGCUUAAAAAACAGAAACAAUUGGAAAGCAUUGAGACUGGAGACAGUAGUCUGAGCAGUGUGUGGACCAAUGUCACUGAGUUGAGUAAACAGAUUUCUUCUCUGAAUUCUUCUGUAAAUUUCCUGAAGGCUAACACCAAAUCAGCAUCAGAUUUGAAAUCUCUUCUUAAUACAGUGGAAGAACUUCAGAAGAGUGUAGCCACCAUUGGUAGUACUCUAACUAGUGUUCAGCAUGCUGUAGAGACUAUGCAGGCUGCAAUGGAAGAGCAGAAGGGAGCGGCAGAAGUACUCCAGAAACAAGUGGGUUCUCUCCAUAUUCAUGAGGCCAUUGAUGAAAUGAAUGCAACAGUAGUGAUUUCCCAAAAGCAGACGGAGCUCAGGAUUUUUAGCUUGGACGUAGCCAUCGGUAAUCUUACACAAAGAGUUACCUCAGUGGAGAAUGGUCUCUCUCUCAUUAGCAGUUCUUCAAAGUCAGACACAAGUCUUAAUACAAGUCUGAAUCAAAAUGACAUGGACUAUCAAGAUGCUGAAUUGAAGGAAAAAUUGCAGCUAUUCAGUGCCCUUGCAGAUCAACCUAGUGGUGAAAAAAUUCAUAAUGGCCUCCAUACCGAUGAUGCACCUCAACCUUUUACUGAAAAACCCACAACUGCAAGACUGUUAUUCAAAUCAGACAGUAAAGCAGUGAAGAGGAGUACAUUGCUGAAACAUGUGACUUUACCAGGGAUUACGAGGAAAGAAGAUCUGGAAGUAUUGUUUCAGUCAUCAAAGAAAGGUUUAUUUGGGGAACUAUCUUAUAAGGAUCUUGAAGACAUUUUUGGCACUGCACUACCAAAAUUGCAGGAACUAAGUCCAUUUGAUAAAAAUGGUGAUGGGAAGUUCUCCCUGAAAGAGCUAACUGCUGCCAUAGGCCUAUAGCUUAUCGAGACAGGAACUGAGGACUUGAUGCAUAGCAGUUAAAAGCUACUGUUUUAAAUAAGUCUGCACUUUCUGCCAGUAUUUUACUCAUUUUAAUAUUUGCUCACUUUAGAAAUAAUGAGAAUCUUCAGUAUGCCCUAAUGGCUCUUUUUUCUCCUUUGUUUCUUACAUAAUGGUUUAAUUUAUAGACAGGAUAUUUAAAGAAACUGGGCAUUUGAUUCUUUAAUAGGGCAUAAUUUAUUUGCAGUCUUUAACCUUUUUCUUGUAAGCAUUUGCUUGCAUUUAAGCUAAUGAGCAUAACUUGUUUUAAAGCAUUUCUUUUCAUUUAAAGUUCUCCAAGCAACUAAAAAUCCAUGGCCAUCCCAUUUACAGUUUUGUUUUUCUUAAUGUUGCCAUCUGCAUGUUUUGACAGUGGAAGACAUUUUCCUAAUAGUAUGGUCCGAGCUCUUCUUGCUAUGUUUGUGUUUCUGUACAUGAUUAUCUCAGAAGGACAGCUAUGGUUAUUACGUCUUAAUAAAGGUGCUGGCGCUGCUGGGUCAUAAGACAUAGAAAAGUAAAAUUGCAAAAAUGAGAGACUGUGAUGGAUUAAUUAACAGUUAGUCAUUUUAGUAACACAUGACACACAUUUGGUUUCCAUGCAUCAGUUUUUAAAAGGUACAGCAAUUAUGAAAUUUAAUCAGACGUUAUGACUUCUGGAUAAACUUUAAGUGCGCUUUAGAAACAUUGAAACUGGAGGGUUUUAUUACAUUAACAAGUUAAAAGGGUAGAAUGCAAUCAAAUGUUUUUAAUACCCCAUGUGAAAAAAAACAAGCAAACAAAAAUAGCUUGUUUUUGUUUUAAGUUGUCUGUGUAAACAAAUACAGUUGUAUAGUCAUUAUUUUAAUGUAGGCCAUGUGUAUUAGUAUCAUUAACCCAUUUCACCUGUACUUAUGUAAUUACUGUCUUGUAAUCUCAGACUAAGUUUAGGGACUUGUAUUUUGUUUUAAAAAACUGUUCAUCCUCAUGACAGUCCUCUUCUUGACGGUCUUGCUUGGUACAUUUGUUAGCUGAGUAUCAUGCAGUAAUUGUGAUGUUGCAAUUCUUUUGGGGGUGGUAGGCAGUACUUAUUCCUGUUCUGACUUUAUUCCUUGCCACAUGAAGGAGCUGUAGUUGAAAUUUUGUGAAUUUUUUGACGGGUUGAUGAGUGCACUACCAAAAGUGUGUGUGUGGGGGGGGGGGCUGUAUUGCUUUUAUCCCAUGUUGCAUGAGUGCUUACAUGCAUAGGCACGCAGUCACACCUACUGCAGCUACAGACAAGUUGCUGUUCUUAGCUAGAUAGACACCCAUCUCGGGUUCCUUCUCAUUUUCUGGCAGUACUAUCCAAACAUGCAGAAGGACCAAUCUGUCUCCCUUCCCCUCGAUUGGUGAGCUGACCAUGAUCGUGCACUUCCAGUCAGUCACAUCUACUUAUGGCUGGCUUCUCCAUGGCCUGAACCAGUAAUCAAACCUGAGUUACCAGGGUCACAGUUAGGAUUCCAUCCGUGUUUACCACACAAUCCAUUGAGCUUGUACAGUUUAUUAGAAUCUAACUGCAGUUAUCGUACAACUGGUCCUUUCAUGCACUGCACGAUGCUGAAAAAUAUGAUUCAUCUGCAUCUGCUCAGGUUUCAUCCAGAUGAAGAAAAGCACCUCUGCACUGCCUUACUUAAGUGUAGCAACUCCACACUUGCACAGCCAUUGAAAAAAGUUCACACACAUCACUUCACUGGUGGUGUGCAAAUGAAAAUUGCACCAUUAGUAAUUUUCAUUAACUAACAAUACCUAGUUGACAUUGGUGAAUUAAAAUCAGUGUAGCUGAAACCAUAUCCAUUUAAGAUCUUUUGACUAGUCCAUACAAAUGUAUCAUGAUUUGCAGUUUAAGGUUUUUUUUAAUAAUAUUCCUUAAUUAUUGAGGAAUAUUUUUCUUUUAAUUGUUGCAACACAGGGUAUUUUAUGUGCCAUCCAGAUGCUGUUGUUUAAUAAUGAUACCUUGCAGGUCAGUGUUCAGCUUUUUUCAUUAGCAAUUGUAGUCUGUAAAAUUUAACUUACAGAAUAAAAAAACCUUCCAAAAAUAA